AACAUGGCCUGUUUGUGUUCUACUGGUGAGACAUGGGGCAGACAUUGAUCUUCCUGAUGCAAAAGGAAUGACAGCUCUUGACUAUGCAAAGAAAUUUCAUCCUGAAAUGGCAGAGCAGAUGAAAGCUGAAUCUGCAGAACAGAAAUCAAAGGCGAGUACUUCAGUGCUAGAAGCUUUGUUUGAACAACUUGCUGGAGGACAUUUUGAUCAUGUGGAGCAGUUAUUAGAAAAUCUUCCAGAUGUGAACUUACAAGCCAAAGGCUGUAAUCUCAUACACAUGGCAGUUGUUCAUUAUCGAUUUGAUGCCACUGUGUUGCUUCAACAGAAGGGAGCUAAUUUGAGUGUUCAAACAUUUGAUGGCAAUACUCCAUUACAUUUAACUUGCCAAUGGCCAGACAAACAACAAGACACAUUACGAAUACUUAGAUUUCUGGUAACUAGUCAGGUUCAACUGGAUAUUAAGAAUUCAUGUGGAGAAACAGCACUUUUCCUGGCAGCAGGAGCUGGUCUUUCUGAUCAUGUUUAUUGUCUUCUUGAUGCUGGAGCUGAUCCUCACCAACGCAACAAGCGAGGUCUUUUGCCAUUACACAUUGCAUGCUCAAGGCCAGAGACAGUGAAGCCACAUGUUCACACCAAUCAGCUCACUAAGGGAAAAUUGGUAUUGGAAUUCAACCAACUGGUAGAGACACAUUGCCUAGUGUCGACCAGGACCUUAUCAGAGUUCAGGAAGACGGUUAAAAAAGAGAAAGUUGACAUCAAACGAGUAGAUGACGAUGGCACGUCUCUUCUCCACUGGUUUUGCCUGGCAGGAAACGAAGAGAUUGUUGAUUAUCUUCUUCAAGCUCGUGUUCUUGUCGCUAGGAAUCGAACCACCUUCUGGACUCCUUUGCAUUGCAUCGUACAUUGUGAUGACAAGAUGGAGGAUGCAAAGAGAGCAAAUAUUGUACAGUUGCUGAUUGCUGCCGGAGCGGAAGUGAAUCAACAAGAUGUGAAUGGUUGCACGGCUCUAGUGCUCGCCUGUCGUUCUGGAUUGCGUCAAUGUGUGCACGUUUUGCUCAGCAAUGGUGCAGAUGGGGAAAUACGUGAUCGUGAUAACAAUAUUGCUCUGCACGAUGCUGUUGGUCACGCAAGUAUAACACGACUUGUCAUUCCCUAUGUUGAUGACAUGAAUGUGAUGAAUUAUGAGCACAAUACUCCACUCUUAUUAGCAGUGAGUAGUGAGUCUAAGGAAAGAGAACAAACUGUACGUUAUCUUGUUCAUGCUGGAGCUGAUGUGAACAAAGAAAAUGCUUAUGGUCGAUUUCCGUUGUGGUUGGCUGCUGAUAAUAAAGAUAUCAGCAUCGUUCAGAUCCUUCUAGAUGGUCGAGCUGAUGUGAACAAAGUUGAGCCACAAGAGAAAACUACAGCUCUCCAUCGUGCAGUAAUCAAUAAAACAUGGCCUGUUUGUGUUCUACUGGUGAAACAUGGGGCAGACAUUGAUCUUCCUGAUGCAAAAGGAAUGACAGCUCUCGACUAUGCUAAUGAAUUUCAUCCUGAAAUGGCAGAGAAAAUGGAAGCUGAAUCUGCACAUCAAAAAUCAAAAGAGAGGAUUCAAUUGGUUACAACCGUGUUUAAACAACUUAAUGGAGGACACUUUGAUCAGCUGAAGCAACUGUUAGAAAAUCUUCCAGAUGUGAACUUGCAAGCCAAAGGCUAUACUAUUAUACAUGUAGCAAUCAUUCAUUAUCGAUUGGAUGCUGUUAAAUUUCUUCAACAGAAAGGUGCUAAUUUGAACAUUCAAACAGUGGAUGACAAUACUCCAUUGCAUUUUACUUGCAAAAGGCAAAACAGACAAGCAGACACAUUACGAAUAUUGAUAUUUUUGAUAAGCAAUCGUGUUCAGCUGAAUAUCAGGAAUUCAUUGGGAGAAACAGCACUUUUUAUGGCGGCAAGAGCUGGUCUUAUGGAUCACAUUCGCUGUCUUCUUGAUGCUGGAGCUGAUCCUCGCCAAGGCAAUAGUCGAGGUCUUUUGCCAUUACACAUUGCAUGCUCAAAGUCAGAGACAGUGCAGUGUAUUCGCUGUUUGUUGGAAUUUGCUCAAGACACGGUGAACAUGCCAGAUGACGACAGGUGGACAGCACUCAUGUAUGCAGCAAACAGUGGAUGCGUGGAUGCUGUGCAGUCUCUACUGAAUUUUGGAGCUGAAGUUAAUGUUCAAGAGCCAAACAAGGGCUACACUGCUCUUUAUCUAGCUGUGAUUGCCAAGUCAUUGGAAAUUUGUCAGUUGUUAGUGGCUUCUGGUGCAAGACUGGAUGUGAUUUGUAGUUCCAAACAUAUUACACCAUUUUACAGAGCAGCCAAGGACAACAGUGUUGACAUUUGUUUGUUGCUUGCUGCACAAGGUGCUGACAUAUGGCAGAGAGAUGUUCAUGGAAACUCUCCAUUGGAUCUAAUUGAUUCUCCUACAUUACGGAGACAAAUUGAAGAAGUAAUGUUAGAGGCAGACACAAGGCCUUUGCUUUGUGGUCAGAGUACACAGAUGAAAGAAACGACGAUUUCUACUGAUGAGCCUACAGCUACAACUCUAACUCCAAGACAUCGAGAGGUUGUUCCCAAUAUCUCCAAUUCAAAGGAAUUUUGCCAAUUGAUAGCUCAAAAUGAGAUACUAAGACAAGAAAAGUAUGAAUUGAAGGUUCAAAUUGGUGACUUUGAGAAGGAACGCAAGCAACUCUAUUGCACAAUAGCUGCAAGUCGACGUGAAAGAGAUGAAGCAAAACAAACUUUUGAUCAAACAAUUACAGAGAUUGAUGAACUCUCAAAUAAGAUUCAGAUUUUAACAAUUCAGAAUAAUGAAAUUCAAGAAAGUUUUCAACAGGUAAUUGAUCAAAAACAGAAAGAAAUUGAUGGCCUAAAGCAAGAGAAAAUUGACUGUCAAUGUGAACUGGGUCAAAGGCAACAAGAUUUGACUGUGUUGAGACAAGAGAAUGAGACUGUUCAUCAACAGUUGGUAAGGCAGGAACAAAUCAUUGCAUCUCUACGGGAAGAUAAAGAAAACCUUCAACGAUAUAACCAACAUUGUAGUAAGGCAUUAGAGCAAGCUCAAAGAAAACUUGAACAUCAAAACAGUUGCUUGAACAUUUCUGAAGAAGAUUUGGAAGUCUCUAAGCUUCAACUUGGUAAAGGAGCAUAUGGAGAAGUUCAAGUAGGUAAGUGGCAUGGAGUUGAUGUAGCAGUUAAGACGUUUCAUGAACAUCUUCGUCCUAAUCACAAGGUGUUGGUACCCGAGCGAUUGAUCAAAAUAAUUCGACGUGAAGUGUCUAUAUGCGCUCAAGUUUGCCAUCCUAAUGUGGUUGCCACAUGUGGGGCUACAUUCACACUUAACUUUCCACUUCGUCUUGUCAUGGAACUCAUGGAAGGUUCAUUGGAGAAUGUGAUCGAUGCAGCCAAUGAAGUGAAACGCUACCUCACAAUGAGAGAAAAGGUAGAUUUAGCAGCAGGUUGUGUUUGUGGGUUGAUGUAUCUGCAUGGCAUGCCUGGCACUACACUACAUGGAGACAUUCGGCCGUCUAAUGUUUUGGUUACACUGACCAUGGAAGCUAAGAUUGGUGAUCUGGGUGCAGCACGUCUUGCUACUUCUACCUCUGUAUCGGUUGGUCCACUUAGCCGACCAUACAUUGCACCAGAGCGAAUGGUUGAAUCAGGUGGAAAUCCUGUGCACAAUUCUGUGCAGGCUGACAUCUACAGUUUUGGAGUCACUUUGCUAGAAUUGUUUACUGGACUUGGAGCAGAUCCAGAUGAACCUCACAAUCCUCAAGAACGAAUCAAGUCAGAAGUGGCAUCGAAAAUGUUACUUUCAGCAAAGGAGGAUAGAUCAUACAAGGAGUCACCUCCCAAGCGGAUGGUAAAGGGCAUUCGAAGUGGUUCACAGAAACUUGAACUUGUGGAUAAACCUUGGAUGUGA